AUGGAACAACAGUUGAUGACACUCAGUAGUAGCGACCUGAGUGAGUCCGAUUCCUCUCCAGAGCAGCCAAAGAAGCCCGAUUCUGGGAAAGUCAGCAUGGAUGUUUUGCGACGUGCUCUGGAUGGUAUUAACACUGUAAAGGAGUCCCUGAAAAAAAGAAAAAAGCGUUAUGAUCAAAAGAAGCGAGAAUUGGAGAGACGAGCGUUGGAAAUAGCAGACCGUGAAAGGCAAUUAGAAUCCAGAGAUUCGGAAAACGAAAGCAGCACAGUCCGCAAACUGCGUGAAGAAAAUCACCAGCUGCGCCAGCAAAUCAGCGAUCUCAACCUCCAGCUGGAGCUCCAAAGCCGCUCUUCCUCCCACGAAUUCUCCACAGAGCGCGAAAGCUACCGCCGCCGCGCAUUAGAGCUCACCAAGCGAGAACAAGCCAUCCUGGAGCGCGAGCGCGAAACGGACGAACUGCACAGCGAGGCGCUUCGCUUAAACCAAGAAGCGAAAGAGAAGAGCAACGAGGCGGAUCGUCUGCUGUACGCGAAGCGGAAAUACGUGGACGAUUUGGAAAACGCGCGGAAACAAGUGGCUUCGCGCGAAGCGGAGCUGAACGACCUGGAACGAAUCAAAGACGAAGCGAUCGAAAAGCGAAGAGAGCAGGUGCGAUUGCUCGAAGAAGAGCUCGCGAAGCACAGCGAGGCGUUGGAAGCGCGGAUUCGCGAGGCGGACAAACGCGACCGCGAGUUUUUGGAGCGUCAGGAAGAAUUCGAGCGCGAAAUCGCGGAGAAAGAAGCGAAACUGAGCGAUCAUCAGAGCGAAAUCGCGGGAGCGUUGUCGAAUUUGAACGAAACGCAGCAGUUGUACACGAGUAUGGAUAAGUUCGUGAAGGAGAAGCGGAAGGAGCUGCUCGAGAAGGAGGCGGCGUUGAAAAAGCAGGAGGAAAGCUGCGCGCUGCGCGAGCGGCAAGUCGCAGACGUGAAUUCGCGGUUGGCGCAGGAGCACGCGGAGCGAUUAGAUCUGGAAACGCAGUUUGCAGCGCUGAAAGAGAAGGACGAAGCGAAUUUGAAGCGAAUUGAAGAGUUGCAGAGCGAACUUGCCGAGGCUCGGAACGAAAGCCAGCGGCUGAGUCGCGAGUUUAUGCGGUUUAAAGACAUUAGCGACACGGCAGAGAAGCGAAUCAGUCUUUACGAGCGAGAGACGGAAGGUCUCAAGCAAUCGCUCGCGUCUCAGAGUUUGUUUGUUUCAGAACUUCAAAAGCAAAUCGCAGAGCUGAAGGAAAUCAACUUCCUCGCGGUGAACGAUCGUUCGCGCGCGCAGCUGGCGAUUAGCGAAGUCACGAGCAACGUCUCGCGCCUUUUGCAGGCCAUCAAUCAAAAAUCGCCGCGACUUCCGCUGCCUUCGCAGAGCGGAAUCUCGAUGGUGAAUGAAUCGGUGUUGAAUGAGCAGGGAGAGGUUCCGCAGCAGGCGGCCACCGCGAAGGAACCGUAUCAGAGAGAGUUGUUUCCUGCCGAACCGACGGCGGAGGAGCGAGAGAUGGAAGCCAAUGCAGAGACGGCGUUGGAUCCGAAUUUUUCUGUACAUAACGCGGAUGCGAAUAGUCAGUUGAGUGUGGAUGUUGGUCUUUGA